UAGGAGACAAUCAAAAUGAUGUGUUGUUGUGCUAUGUCAGAUGAUGAUGAAGCAGAUGUUGACUCUUUACAGACAAAACACCAGGACAACAUUCCAGCAAAUAUACACAGCGAACAGGAGGUAACCUCAGAUACCAAAUCUCAGACAGAGGGAUUUCAUAACAAUUCAGAUCAGCCAGAACAGAAAGUAAAAGUAGAUCCCAAACAGGAAGUAGGUCAGCAAGAGGAAGUUCAACUCCAAAAGGAAGUUUUACCUCUACAGACUUUACCUGGACAAGGUGAAAAGCCAAAAUUACAAGAACAGGAAGUGCAGACAGGGAAGGAAGUGUUUGGAAUCAUGUCUUCUUCUGAGUUACAGUCAGCUGUUAAUCGACUGGAGGCUGUGGCUACCCGUCUAGAGACCCUGGCCCAGAAAUCCUCUGUCUCAGUGCCCAGUAAAUCUUCCUCUGGGGGUGAUGGAGGUGAAGUUACACCAAGUGUGAGUGCUUUUGAUGAAAUUAUGAAAAGCAAUGUUGACAAGUUUGUAGAACUUAGCAACAAAAUCCAAGGCGAUGUUAAAACAGCGGGGGAUAUUGUCCAGAGAGGUUUCAAGAACCUGAGAGAUUACAUAUAUGUGGCCUCGAGAAGCAAAAAACCCAGCGAACCUGUGAUGGAAAAGCUGUUUGAUCCAGUGAAGAAAACCAUUGAAGAGGCAGUGACAUUUAAAGAUAACAACCGCCCAAGCAAACAGUUCAAUCACUUGUCGGCCAUUGCUGAGUCACUCCCUGCCCUUUGCUGGGUCCGAGUGUCCCCAACUCCAGGUCCAUAUGUAAAGGACAUGCAGGAGGCUGGGCAGUUUUACACAAACCGUGUUCUUAAAGAAUUCAAGGAUAAAGAUCAGACUCAUGUUGAUUGGGUGAAAACCUGGAAUGACACUUUGAACAAGACCAUGGCCUACAUCAAAGAAUUCCACACGACUGGACUGAGCUGGAACCCUCAGGGUGGAGAUGCCAGUGAAGUUAGUACCCCUGCUGGAGGUGCCCCAGUUCCCCCACCCCCAGGACCACCUCCACCCCCUCCCCCACCAGCAGUUCAAGCUCCACCCCCCUCCUCUGGGCCCUCCGAGGAUGACGCCAGGGCAGCUUUAAUGGAAGCUCUUAACAAGGGAACAGAAAUUACUGCUGGAUUACGACAUGUGUCCGACAACGAGAAGACCCACAAGAACCCUGCCCUCCGACGCACCAAUCAAGAUGAUGAUGGUCUGAAGAAGGUCACAGAUGACAUGAAGACCCACAAGAACCCCACUUUGCGUCAAGGACCCAAACCAUUCAAGGCAUCUGCUCCUCAGACAGCUCCCAAACCAGGAAAACCAGCAGUUCCAGCACCAGUCAAAAAGAAUCCGGCAGUGUUUGAACUCCAGGACAAAAGAUGGGCUAUUGAAUACCAAGAGGGUAAUAAAAACCUUGAGGUUACAGAUACCAACCUCAAGCAGACAGUGUAUGCCUUCAAAUGCAACAACUGCACCAUCAAAGUCAGCAACAAGCUUAAUUCCAUCACGCUUGACAGUUGUAAGAAGACUGCCAUUGUCUUUGAUGAUGUUGUAUCAUCACUAGAGUUCAUCAACUGCCAGAGUGUUCAGGGACAGGUAAUGGGUAAAGUUCCAACCAUAAGUAUCGAUAAAACUGACGGCUGUCUGAUUUAUUUGAGCAAGGACUCCCUUGACACUGAAAUAGUGACAGCAAAAUCCUCCGAGAUGAACAUUCUAGUACCUAAAGGCGAUGGAGAUUUUACUGAAUUUGCUCUACCAGAGCAAUUCAAAACAACCUGGGAUGGCAAAAAAUUUGUCACAGUGCAGACGGAUAUAGUGUAGGUUAUUAGAAGCUGUAGGAUAAGGAAAAGGUUCUCGCACCAUUCCAUCACAUCAUGGACCAUGCUUUAUAUGAUACCUGAAACUUCCAGAUAUCCAACCACUUGCUAGUGAUCAAUAUUAAAAAGUAGGAAAAAAAAGGGAAAAUCAGUAUUUACUCUUUAAGAUUGAUAGUUUUGGGUUUCCAGAACUCUUUAAAUGGUAAUGUUAUGAUAUAUGCAACUGAUUGUUUUGAUGUUUGAUUUGUUUUGCCUUAUUAUUGAAUGGUAAAAGUAUUUUGUUUAAUCUGCAUUAUGAUGCCGAAGACUAUGAAAAAUAACUAUUUUCAAACUCAUGAUUAUUUUCAUUACUUUAAAUAUUGUCUUUGUUUUGCUGUAUUAACAGUGAAUAUGAUUUGCUAAGGGGAUUUUCAGAGUGGAAUGAAUGUAUCUGUGCUCUGAAAAUUAUUUGUAAUUGUGUAAUGAACAAUUCAGAACAAAUGGUGCUAUGAACUAAGAUAUUAUCGAAGUUUUUUGUCUCAGAUUUUUGUCCAUUCACGGCAUAAUUUUGAGCAAGCCAAAAGGGGAAAUUUUCGUUACAUAUCUACCAUUAUGAAUGUUAAGGCAAAUCCAUGUACAUUUAGUUUCAGCAAAAUAUUUUAGUAAUAUCUUUCCUUUUUUUAUUUUAAAUUCUCAUAUAUGCUUUACUCAAAUCACUAAUAAAUUCAUUAUAGUAUA